AUGGCGUGCAGUCCAUCCAACGUGGCGUCCUUUCUGCUCGUCCUGGUGGUCCUGCUGCUGUUGGUGGUCUGCCUCUCAGCAGCAGCAUUCAUCUUCGUCGCAUCUGCAGAGCUACCUCCUUUCUCCGUCAUCCGCAAGACCAUCGGGAGGGACAUCAGGGCGGCCUAUCUCUACUUCCGGCUGUUGGUGUUUCUGAGAAGAUGCCAUGCCCAGAACCUCAGCCUUGUCGAUCUCUUCAAGCGCACAGUUCAAAAGUAUGGGUCCAGCGUCUGCUUUGUAUAUCAGGAUGAAGAGUGGACCUACAACAAAGUAGAUGAACUGAGCAAUAGAGUGGCCAACUUGUUCCUCUCCCGGGGCUACCGGAAAGGGGACGAAGUAGCCCUGUUCCUAGAGAACUGCCCCGAGUAUGUCUGCAUCUGGAUGGGUCUUGCCAAAAUUGGCGUCAUCACCUCCUUCAUCAACACUAAUCUUCGUCAAGACCCUCUCGCACACACCAUUAAUGUCAUCGACGCUAGAGCUAUCAUCUUCUCACGUAACCUCGCCGACGCUGUCAAAGAUGCCAUAACAUUUUUAAAACGCAAAGACACCAUGGACUACUACUGCUUCAACGCCCGGAGUUCUGCCACAAGUGAUGUCAUGGCCAAGAACCUGGACACGCUCUUAGAGGAAUCUUCUACGAGCGAAGAACCGCUGCGGAACAUCAAGAUCAACUUUGAAGAUAAACUCCUAUAUAUUUAUACGUCUGGCACGACAGGCCUCCCCAAGGCAGCUAUUAUCCGACACAGCAGUUUAACUAUGAGAUGA